UGCCGGCGGGCACACUGCACUUUCUAAGCAUUUGCAAGUUUUGUAGAAAAACGAAUUUAAUUGCAAUUUUAAGCUGCCUGACAAAGGAGAACGGCGCAAAUGCCGACGUCCAUUUUUUGCUAGCUGAGACGUGACUGUUUUUGUUGGCCAAGCAAGUGCAGACAGCAUUCAUUGGCAUCUCUUACACCCGCACCUGCAUCCUCACUCGCAUCCUGGCCACCUGACACCGCUCACAUAGCGCACAGUAAGAGCGAGACGAGAGCGAGAUGUCCGAAAAAAACCUCAAGGUGGGCGCCCGCGUCGAGCUGACCGGCAAGGAUCUGCUCGGCACGGUGGCCUACGUGGGCAUGACCAGCUUCGCCGUUGGCAAGUGGGUGGGCGUCGUGCUGGACGAGCCGAAGGGCAAGAACAGCGGCUCGAUCAAGGGCCAGCAGUACUUCCAGUGUGCUGAGAAUUGCGGUAUGUUCGUGCGGCCCACGCAACUGCGCCUGCUCGAGCCGGCACCCGGUGGUGGCUCCACACCGGGCUCGGCCAGCGGCUCUGGCAGCAGGCGCAGUAUCGAGGACAUUAGCGGACCCUCGGCCACGCCCACGACAGCCCAACCCACAAAGGCGCGGCUGAGCAGUUCGCGCACCUCGCUCUCCUCCAGCCGCCAGUCGCUGAUGGGUUCGCGCUCUCAGCUCACCGGCUCCAGCAGCAGCAUUGGACCCAGGAAGAGUCUGGCUCCCCAGAAUAGCAAAGAUAAGGAGGCUUCCAGCACCUCAUCGUUGUCGGAGGCAGCCGCAGCCGCAGCCGGAGCGGGCUCCAAGCGGGCUUCGUUCGUGGAGACGGGCUUCCUGGAGAUUCUCAAGCCACAGUUUACCCCAUCGCAGCCGUUGCGCUCGCCUUCCUUUACCAUGCCAACGAACACGGGAAGUGAGGAUAAGACUGCCUUGUUGGAGGCCCAAAAGACAAGUGCCGAACUUCAAACGCAGCUGGCUGAUCUCACCGAAAAACUGGAGACUCUGAAGCAGCGUCGUAACGAGGAUAAGGAGAGACUACGUGAGUUCGACAAGAUGAAGAUUCAGUUUGAGCAGCUGCAAGAGUUUCGCACAAAGAUUAUGGCCGCGCAGGCUUCGCUGCAGAAGGAACUGCAGCGAGCCAAGCAGGAGGCCAAGGAUGCCAUAGAGGCCAAGGAGCAGCAUGCCCAGGAGAUGGCCGAUCUGGCAGACAAUGUGGAGAUGAUCACUCUGGACAAGGAGAUGGCCGAGGAGAAGGCCGACACGUUGCAGCUGGAACUGGAGUCCUCGAAAGAGCGUAUUGAGGAGCUACAGGUGGACCUGGAGCUCUUGCGCUCUGAGAUGCAAAACAAGGCCGAAACGAACAUGGGAAACAUCUCUGGCGAUGCUGAAUCACCCGGCAUGUCCACCUACGAGUUCAAGCAGCUGGAGCAGCAAAAUAUUCGCCUGAAGGAGACCCUAGUGCGGCUCAGGGAUCUGUCCGCUCACGACAAGCAUGACAUACAAAAGCUAACCAAGGAGCUGGAGAUGAAGCGAUCGGAGGUGGCCGAACUGGAGCGUACCAAGGAGAAGCUGAGCGCCAAGAUCGAUGAGAUGGAGGCCAUAGUGGCCGACUUGCAGGAACAAGUCGAUGCUGCACUGGGAGCCGAGGAAAUGGUGGAGCAACUGGCUGAAAAGAAAAUGGAGUUGGAGGACAAAGUGAAGCUGCUGGAAGAGGAAAUUGCCCAGCUGGAGGCUCUGGAGGAGGUCCACGAGCAGCUGGUGGAGAGCAAUCACGAAUUGGAGCUGGAUUUGCGCGAGGAACUCGACUUGGCCAAUGGAGCCAAGAAGGAGGUGCUGCGAGAGCGCGAUGCAGCCAUUGAGACCAUCUAUGAUCGUGAUCAGACCAUUACCAAAUUCAGGGAACUCGUUCAGAAGCUCAAUGACCAACUAACAGAGUUAAGGGAACGUACUACCGGCAACGAGAAGGAAUCACUGCAAGAUCCCAGCCUGAAACUGGCCACCGAGACCAUUGACUACAAGCAAAUGUUUGCUGAAUCAAAGGCUUACACUCGCGCUAUCGAUGUCCAACUGCGUCAGAUCGAACUGAGCCAGGCCAACGAACAUGUUCAGAUGCUUACGGCCUUCAUGCCAGAGUCGUUUAUGAGUCGCGGUGGCGACCACGACUCCAUACUGGUUGUGCUCCUCAUCUCGCGCAUAGUCUUCAAGUGCGGCAUUGUGGUGUCGCAGACGAGAGAACGCUUCCCAGCCGUGGAGACAGUCACCAGGGAGGCGGUAACACAGGGUCAUGCCGUCCAGCAGUAUGCCUUCAAGUGUCGCCUCCUUCACUACGUGCACAACCUGCAGUGCGCUCUGCACCAGAUCCUUUAUGGUCUGAAUAGCUGCCAACCGGACACACUGCUAAGAGCUGGAAGCUCUCUACCCGAGAUGGUGGCCCAGGAGAAGAUAGUUGAUGGCAUAAUUGAGCUGCUGAAAUCCAACCAGUUGGAUGAGAACAGCACCACGGACAACAUUGAGAAGUGUGUGGCCUUCUUUAAUGCCAUGAACUCGGUUCUUCUGGCCGGUGAGCAACUCCUCAACGAGAUCCAGAUGAUCCGUGACUGUGUGGCUUCCCUGGGAGCUGCCUGCGAGAGCAUUCUAAGCGACACGGCCAUUGCCAAGGCUAUCAUUCAGGAGGCAGGUGCCACCAGUGACUCGGUGCUGCUCAUCCAGUUCCUCAACGAGAACAUGGAAAGUGUGCGGCAGCAGGUGAAGCUGAUCAAGCGUCGUCUGCCCAGCGAUCAGCACGUGGUCAAGAGCGGUCUCUCGGAGCACAAGGUGGAGGCAAUGCGUGCCCUGGCCCAGAAUAUCAGCAGGAUUAUGUCGGCAAUGCAUCAGGCCACCCGCCAGUCCCUGGCUGCCAUUGUGGCCACCAUCGAGAGUGAUAAUGCGGCGGAGCAUACUUUGGCACAGGACAAGUACUGGUCACUACUGUCCGCUGCUUGCGAAAGGAUCUACGAGCAGGAUGAUCGCGGACCCACGCACAAUUUUAAGACCCUGCUGGCACAGGCUAACUCGGACCUGCAGCACAUUGCCCAGCAUCUGCUGGACAAGGAAUACGAGAUUAUGUCAGCGGCCAACACAGCCGCAGGACAGCAGCGUUCCGGGGCCCAGAGUACACCCAUUACCCAGCGUGCUCAGCUUAUCAAGAAGCAGCUGGAGCAGAAGAAUGUCCUGGCUGCCACUCUGGAGAAUCGUGAGGCGGACAUUAAGCAACUGAAGCUGGCCGCCAAGAUGAAGCAAAAUGAGUUGUCUGAGAUGCAGAUACGCAAGGAUCUGGCCGAGAAGAAACUGAGUGUGCUGCAGAGCGAGUAUGAGCAUGCGGCGGAUAAGUGGAAGCAGCAGUAUGAGGAGACACGCCAGCAGUUGCAGCUCAAGGAGAAGGAGUUCGAGGAGACCAUGGACCACCUGCAGAGCGACAUUGAUGCUCUGGAGAGCGAGAAGAGCGAUUUGCGGGACAAGUUGAAGCUCAACACGAGCACUGGAAAGAAUCAGUCCGUUUCGGAUACACACUCCCCGCACAAUCUAUCUGCCACUGGCUCCACAUCCGGUGCACAGGGUAGCACCAAUACCAGCUACACGGCGCCCGCUGGCACUGCUCCUGUGGUGGCAGAGGAGGUGCAACUCCUGAAGAAUGCCUUCAAUCAGGAACGCAACGAGCGUCUGCGUUUGCAGGCCCAGGAUAUGCGUGCCAAGCUGUCACAGUUCGAACCCCUUUAUGUGCCCCAGCCGCAGGAUCAGCGGAUUAGUGCCCUGGAAUCGGAGCUGACCAGGAUGAAGCAUGCCUGGGUGCUGUCCCUGCUGCAGGUGCGAUCUCAGGACGCGGUGGGUGCUGGUGGCAUCAACACGGUGGCCCUGCAACGUCGCCACCAGCCUCAACCGGCCAGAGGAGAGAUUAGCACAAAGGCCUCCCAGCUGGCCUCGGACAUCCUGACGGAGUACCUCCAGCGGAAGCCACAUCGCGCUGCCCACGGCGAGUUUGCUUCGUUUCCCACCGUCGAUGUGAAGCGUGUUCUGCAGAUCUAAGCCCGGGGAAAGUAUCAUGGGGGCCAGGGGCAAUCAACAAGGUAACAUAGAAUAGAACUUAAUUUUUGGACUCGUAGCACAAUUUCGGUUCUCCUUUCGUAGUUCAAGAAGCUUUCCGAUCCUCCAAGAAACCAGAACUCCCUGCUCCUGUGAUCUGAGACCUAAAUCAUGAUAGGGCAACCGAGAGACAUUAUAAUUCUACACUUAAUUUAUGUUUUUUGUAUAAAGAUUAUAAUACUAUAUACUAACUAUUUGUGUUUAACUCCAAACAUGGCCUAUUCUGAAACUAAACUCAAGCGAACUAAUACCGGUAUUAUCUAUGAAUUCAAAUGGCAGGGGAGAUGAAACUAUGUGAAAGACACACAAACUAAACCAGAGAGAAACAAAUCUAAUUUGCAAAAACCAGAAUUAAAUAAAUUAU